AUGAUGCUCAGAACAAUAACAGCCGCUCUGUUUCACCCCACCACCAAGUUGUACUAUUUACCCCUCAAGGCUUUCCUCUCACACUCACUUCACAAACCCCAGCGGUUAAUAAAUCGACAAAGCUACCCUCGAGCUGAUAGAACAAUCUUAUCCAUCAACACACCUCGUUCUCUAUCAUCUACAGCAGUUCCCCAAAUUUCUAACGAAACGACUUCUGAUUUGGACAGCAGUUACUUAUCUUGCUCAAUGACCAAUAGCAAGCACCCUUUUAAAAUUACGGUUCUUCUCGGUGGUGGCAUUGAUAGCAAUAUCGCACUUCGCCUCCUCCACGCAGUCGGACACUCCUGCACCGCUUUCUACCUUAAAAUCUGGUUCAAAGUGCAUAUGCUUUUCUUUUUAUUGACAUUACAAUGCAUAUACGAAUCAAAUCAUUCAGGUGCGUUCAUGGAUGCCAUCAGUAACAUGGAUUUUGAGUUUGUUUCUUUUGGACAUUAUGCAAAAGUUAUUCACCCCCUUACAGAUGAAACCAAUGAGCUUUCAUUUCUUCAGCAGUCCAAGGAUAUGGUAAAGAUAUGCUCUACUUAUUUACAUUACCAACUUCCUGAUACCAAUCAGUGA